AUGAGGCCGAGCGCGACGCCCCCAGGACGCCAGACCCACGCCCUCACUCCGAAUUGUCCAAUCAGCGCGAAGCAAAGGGGGCACGCCCCGCCUCUGGCCGAGCCCCCGGGGGGGAGGGGAGGGCGCUCUAUAAGAGGACUGGCACUAGGGCGCAGGGGCUCUGAAUGCGAUAGCUGGAAAAGCUUGUGGGGGGGUUUCUGUUCAGCACUCAAGGCUGGAACCCUGAGGAGCAGGAGCCCCGAGAGCCGCCCUCGCGCCUGCGCCCGGCUAUCCUCCUCUGCCUUCUCCUCCUCCUCCCUUCCCUCGGGCCCCCUCCCUGCCUUUACCUUGGCCUUUGCUCGCCUGCCGCAGGGUCCCGAGCGUUCGGGCCGGCCGUCCAGCCCUCCCGGAGCUCGCGCCUCCCUUAACGCCCGAUCCGCAAGGGAGGAGGAGGAAAGGCGCGCGCGGGGGUGGGGGGCUGGGGGGUGGUGGGAGGGUGGGGAAGGGAGGUCUUCGUCUUGCGGGGGAGCGAUGGUGCCUGCCCAGGAGGAGUCUUCCUCGGGGUACGGGAUGAGCUCCAGUUCUCCGCCUCAGGGGGGCGUCUCCUCCCAGCCCUCGGAGGGACCCGAGACACCAGCGGAGAAGGAAGAGGUGACGGGGUCCUCUAGCCGAGCCACGCACUUACCCCCCGAAGGUGGCUGGGGCUGGGUAGUGAUGCUGGCCGCCAUGUGGUGCAACGGGUCGGUUUUCGGCAUCCAGAACGCGUGCGGGGUGCUCUUCGUGUCCAUGCUGGAGACCUUCGACUCCAAAGAGGGCACCGCGAUGGUGUUUAAGACAGCUUGGGUGAGUUCUCUGUCCAUGGGAAUGAUCUUUUUCUGCUGUCCUAUAGUGAGUGUAUUCACAGAUAUAUUUGGAUGUCGGAAAACAGCUGUUGUUGGGGCUGCUGUGGGGUUCAUUGGACUUUUGUCUAGUUCUUUUGUAAGCUCCAUCGAGCCUCUCUAUCUCACAUAUGGAAUUAUAUUUGCCUGUGGUUGCUCAUUUGCAUACCAGCCAUCGUUGGUCAUUUUGGGACAUUAUUUCAAGAAACGCCUGGGACUGGUGAAUGGCAUCGUCACUGCUGGCAGCAGCGUUGUCACAGUAUUACUCCCUUUCAUCUUAAGGGAACUGAUUGAUAAACUGGGCCUGUUUAAUACACUCAGAGUUCUAUGCAUCUUCAUGUUUGUCCUGAUUCUGGCUGGCUUUACCUAUAAACCUGUUAAUUCCUUUGCCAAAGAUAAAGACAGUGGGAAGAAAGGAGAAAACAAAUUCUUUCUCAUUUCCAGGAGAAAAUUCAGUCCUCCCAAAAAAGUCUUUAAUUUCUCCAUCUUCAAGGUUACAGGUUAUUCUGUCUGGGCUUUUGGAAUUCCCCUUGCACUUUUCGGAUAUUUUGUGCCUUACGUUCAUUUGAUGAAUCAUGUAAAAGAGAAAUUUGCCGAACAACCAAAAAAAGAAAUCGUCCUCACGUGCAUUGGGAUCACUUCAGGAGUUGGACGAUUGCUCUUUGGCAGAAUUGCAGACUUUGUGCCUGGUGUUAAAAAGGUUUACUUACAGGUAAUCUCCUUUUUGUUCAUUGGUUUGAUGUCUAUGAUGAUUCCCUUGUGUAGUGUCUUCUGGGCACUCAUAGCUGUCUGCCUCAUCAUGGGUCUCUUUGAUGGAUGUUUCAUCUCUAUCAUGGCUCCCAUUGCCUUUGAAUUAGUUGGACCCCAGGAUGUCUCCCAAGCCAUAGGAUUUCUGCUUGGAUUCAUGUCUGUUCCCAUGACCGUGGGCCCACCCAUUGCAGGUUCACUCAAGGACCACCUAGGUUCUUAUGAUGUGGCCUUCUACGUCGCUGGGAUCCCACCCCUACUAGGAGGAGCUGUGCUUUGUUUAGUCCCAUGGAUCCAUGAAAAAUGGAAACAAAAAGAAAUGAGUCUUGAAGGAGGGGAGAAGCUGGAGAAAAUGUUGGAGAACCAGACUACCCUGCUCCCAAGUUCAUCUGCAAUCAUUAAGAAAGACUCUGAUCCUGUUUUUUAAUGCUCCAGGCUUCUGCCAGACUGGACUUGCUUUCCAAAGUUACAGCAAGUUUUCUUUUUUUAUGAAUUAAAAAAAAUUUUAUAGCAUUAUAGGAAUAGCACUAGAGAGGGGAAAACAAGAUCACUAUCAAGCAAGAACCCUUUCUUAUAAUAAUUUUCUGACAUUUCUGAGUUUGAAGGCAGGGACAUUGGUACUAAAAAAUCAUGGCUUGAAAUCAAAUCUUGUCUCUGAGAAAAAGAUCUGGGCUUCUCACAGGAAAAUCAAGUUCUGGAAACUGUGAAAGCUUAUUUACAUGUGUAAAGAUUAUAAAAUACCUCAAGUUACACUGGAAGGGUUGCAGUCCGAUUAGGACUAGAAGGAAAGUUUGCCUAGUCUCUAAACUAUGGUACUAAUCAGUUCUGGUAUCUCUGUUUUUAACUUCUAAUGCUAUAUUAAAUAAUUUUUUAAAAAUAAAGCAUAGAUUUUAGACUUCCUAGAUCGACCUACACUAUGCUUUGCUGCUGAUAAGUUAUGAAAUGCAUUCUCAUAAUAUCCCUAACUUGUUCCAGUGUGAAUUCCUGUUUUUGAGCCAAAAGGGGCCUUUUCUAUGGCUGGAGCUAAAAUGUAUGCUCAUUAAAUAUGUGAGACUCCAGUAUUUCUAGGAGCAGAGUGGUAGAGAAUUCAGCCAUUUCUUCCAUUUUAUAUUCCCCAGGGUGGGCCUAUAGUGUGUUUUAACACUUGAAUAGCCUGUAAUUUGCAGGGUUAAAAAAACAAACAACAAAUCCAGAUCAAAUUAUAAAAGCCUUUGAAUCACAAUCUAAAGUAUACUAGAAUGAAUAAGAGAAAACUUGAUAACUUGUAUUUAAAAUUCUUUUGCUCUUCUGGGUCUGUUAGAUCCAAAAUGCUGAUUUUUUUUUUUUUUUAGAUGCAUGUUAGGCAUGCACCAAGCUGCAGUUAUACGCACAAAAAAGACAAAAAUCUUGUAUUCCUGUAGACAUUAUCCAUUUCUAACAGAACUAGUUGCUUAAACUCUUCUCUAUGAAUGUAAUGGGUCUGAUUUUACUCCAAAUCAUUUGUCAAAACAAUUUUCCAUGCCUAUAACUGCCUGGAAAAGAUAUAUGUAUAAUUAUUUGUCUGUCUUGGUUCCCUUUCUAUUAACAUUCCUGCUACUUCAGCCCUAAAAAUAAAAUCCUAACCAAUCCAUGACUUAUUCACAUUAAAAACUAGACAAAAACUUUCCUUCAACUUCAGGAUUAGUUUUUAAUCUUUGUUUUUGUUCAAGUCAUUGCAAAUGAAUAUUCAAUAUGUACUUGAAGCCUAACUGUAUGCAAAUCAUUUUGGAUAUACAUUUAGAUCUUCCUUAAAGAUAGCUUUUUACACACCUGGGGAGAUUGCCUAUAUUUGCCAGAUGUCUUUCUUCCUUUCCCAGGUACCACUGGGCUUUUUCUAAAUACUUCUCAAAUUCUUUGCCCUAGGGGAAUGGGGAGAGGUUAGAGGGAGUGAGAAAAGUGAAAAUGUCUCCAGUUCUCACUCUUCAUUUUUUCUUUUCUUGCUCUCUCCUCUCUCUUUCCCUCUCCCUCUUCUCCUCCUCUUCUUCUCUCCCUCCCUCCCUCCUUAUCUCUCUCUCUCUCUCCCUCCCUCCUCUUUCUCUCUCUCUCUCUCUCUCUCUCUCUCUCUCUCUCUCUCUCUCUCUCUCUCUCUCUCUUCCCUCCCUCCCUCCCUCCUCUCUCUCUCUCUCUCUCUCUCUCUCUCUCUCUCUCUCUCUCUCUCUCUCUCUCUCUCUCUCUCUCUCUCUCUCUCCUUUCUUCCUUACUUUUUAAAUAAUAACUUUAAAGCAAACAGGGUUUAAGUGACUUGCAUAGGGUCACACAGUUAGGACUUAUCUGAGGCCAGAUUUGAAGUCAGGCCCUCCCAACUCCAGGCCUGGCAAUCCAUUCUAGUGGAGCCAAUUAGCUGCCCCCUACCUUCUUUCUCCCUUCUAGGCCUGGGUACUAAGAAGGUACUUUGGUACUAGAAACACAUCGCUUUAAAUCAAAUCACACUUGUCUAUGAGAGAAGUUAUAUUACUUUCAUACCUUGCUUCUGGGUAGGAGAACUCUCUGAAAGAAUUAUAAAUAGUAUGAGCAAUCUGUUAUCUUUUUUGAGGAGAAAAGCAUUGUCAGUUGAACAGUUUUGUGGAAAACAAUAGUUAAAAAAAUUUUUUUUGCAAUAGUUUACUUGCUCUCUGGCAACUUGUAUCUAUUAAAUAUACUUUAGUUUAUUAAGGUUAUUAAGUAAUUUAGAACAUAAUGACAUUCUUUUAGUUGUUUACUUUAGUUGAAACUUUCAUUCAUAUAACACAAUUAUUCAGUUUCCUAUAUAAUUUGUCUACAAAACUCUGUUAAACAUCCUGUUUCUUUUUUCAUUUUUCAUUUUUUUCUUUAGGUCUUUUAUACUUUAAUAAAAAACAACCAACCAUUACCAUACAUAUUUUGGCCAUACUGACCUCUGAUACUUAUAGGUAGAGCUAUUUGAUCAUUAUGCAUAAUUGCAUAUAAACUAACAAUCUCCUCUUUAUUUGUGUCCUGUUAGCUUUCUUUGGCAAGAUAAGGUGAUACUUUCUCAUUUAAAAAAAAUGCUUUUAAGAGUUCUAUAGAAACACACGUGAACAAGAACAACCUUAGAGGUUGCCAACAUAAAGUUUAUUAUUUGAACACAAUCCACAAAGUUUUGUACUAAGUAAGAGUUCACUGAUAAUUUUUACAAAGUGAGUAGAUAUCUGAAAAAUAGGAAAUUCACUCCAAAGAACUUCAAAACCUUUUACUAUUUUACAAUUUGGCUUGUUUUGGAGAAAGCAAUAGUUGACUAAAACCUGAAGAAAUUAUCUUUUUUCUUUUUUGCCAUUUUCCCAUAGCUAAAUGACUCAAAUGUUCAUAAUAAAAAAAGAGUUCUCUGCAAUGUUGUGUGUUUGUGUGUGUAUUGCAUAUCUAGUUGGUUUUUUUUUUAAUAGCAUGGCAUUAACUAACAUUGACAUACUCUAAAUUUUUUUUAAAUUUACUACUAUAAUAAAAGUUACUGUUCAUUAAAGAACAAACAUCAUUUUUAUAUCAUAUGAGCUGCUAAAUUCUACAAGGAAAAACUUACUUAGUAAAAGAAUAUACAGAAAGUAGUCCCAAGGUAUACCAUGGUCUAAAAUAUAUAGACAAAGAAAUUUAAUUUGUUAAAGAGUUCCAAACCAAGAGAUAUUAUUUUAGGAUGAAUAUCCUAAAUAAUAUUAUUAUUCAAAUAAUACUCAAAAUAAAUGCUUUUUGAUUUCUAAAGUGCAACAGGACAAUACACUGCUUCAAGAUGAUCUGUUGUGUCUUGCUUUGUUUUGUUUUAUCCAGAGACAUUUUUAGGGUGGAAAACAUCCAAUACUAGAAUUCUUUGUUGUUCUAUAUUUCCCUUCUGAUUCUGAUAGGGCAUUUCAAAUAUUUGAAUUAUUUUGGGAUAUUGGGGAAAGUUCUUUGAUUUUAUCCAAGAAGAACUACAGGUUCAAUUUCAGUCUGUGUAGAUGCCAAAGGAAUAAAAAAUUUCUUUUUCUCAAUUAAUUAGGGUUUUAUUUUCAUGGAUGUUCCCUGGGCAUAGGGCUUGCGGGGAAUGGGUCAUCCAUUCGUAAUGUACUAUUCAAAUCCAGAGUAUCUCCUAUGAGAUAUUUUGCCUUCUAGAUACUAUAGUUUUGGCAUUCUUUGAACAGCACAAUUUAAAGAUUUAUAUCCUAUAUACAUUUUUUUUUUGGUUGCAUAGCUAAGAGUACAAGUAAAAAUGGAAACUUUUUCUAUCCUCAAAAACACAGAUGUGGUUUUUGUCCAAGCUAUCAUUUCCAUUGAUCAUAUAUUCACAAAAUAACUCAUAUGUUGUAUUCUACUCUUUUACAAAUAGAUAAAUCGCAAAGCUGGAAAAACCUUAUAUGACCAUUCACAACUUUUUAAGGGUUUUGACCUGCAGUAAGAAUGGUUGGGAGUUAAAAUGUCUUUUUCAGUUAUAAAAAUGUGCUUUAAGCCUGAAAGAUUGCUGCUAUAAAAUAAUCAGCAUAGCUCUAUUCUAUUUUAUUCUCAGAAACGUAAGGCGGCAUGGCAGGAAGAAGUCAAGUUCUGCCUCUGACAUACGCUGAAUGUACAACCCUGGGCAGUUUAAUUUAACUUGUUAGUACUCUAGGCAACUCUUCACAACCUGAAUUGCAGAAAAGGGUCUGACUUGCAUUGGUAGAGAAGUCCCCUAACAUGGAUGUUACCUGGACUACUGAAAUCACAGGUCCAGUCCCUAUCCUAAGAUUAAUGCCAUAUUUAUAUUAUUAAUGGUCCCUUGAAAGAGUAAUUUUAUAUUUUCUCUAGUUUUGAAUGAAUCUAAGUCCAAUGUUUAUUGAGGCAGUUUUCCCAUUUAGUCUGUAAAUGACUCAAGGUGUUAAAAUGGGAAGAGUGACUGGAUUAGAGUAUUCCAAGGACCUUGGUUUGAAUGUUGCUUUUCUGCUGUGUCUGACCUUGGGCAGUCAUUUGAUCUCUCCAGCUUCUCCCUUCAUCAUCUAGGAAAUGAGGGAAUUGCUUUAGAUAAGAGGUUCUUAAUCUGGGGGCUGUAAAGCAGUUUGAUAACUUUCCAUGUACUUGGUUUCCAUUUGAAUCCCAGGUUUUGACUUAUUUAAAGCCUGAGGGGUCCAGAGGUUUCAGCAGACUACCAAAGGGAGCCAUUAUACAGAAAAGAUUUAGAACCCCUGUGCGAAUGUUCUCUAAGGUUUCUUCCACCUUUAAAUCUUGUUGGAGAAGCUAUAAAACCAUACGUAUUAUUCCCUUUUGUCAAUAUUACAUUUCUUGCAUCCCUGUUGCCUUUAAUAUUAUUAGCUCAUUAGAAAGCUGAAGUUUUGUCUUUUUUAUUUCAGUGGUCCUGAUUUAGGCAACCUAUGUCAGCUGGUGGUGCAUUUUCUACUAUAGACUCUUCUCUUUUCCUAUAUUGACAAUCUCUUUAUUUUCAUUCCUCUCUUUCCUUAAAAAGAAAAAAGGUUGUCAAUGGAAUCCUUACCUACAUUGAUCAUGUCUUAGACUCCAUUCAUAAUGCAGAUUUUGAGGUUUCUGAUCUUGCCAUGGAUUACCCAACCCUGGCAGAGUCUGCUAGAGGACUCCAAAGUUUAAUUUAUAGAGAAUUGAAAUGGAUAAGAAUAACCAAUCUAUAUAAACUGGUCUUAUUAUUAAAAGAACCAAAAGACUGACUGGGGAAGGAAAGAAUGAGAUUGUCAACAUGCUUUUUGUUGACCACAUGAGACAUUUUAUUAAUAUUUAAGUGUUUCAAAGCUCUAUGUAAUUUGAACAUUCCAUGAGAGAAAAAAGUAGAAGACAAUCUCUUGACAUAAAUAUUUUCCUAUACAAUGCUCUUAUUUUUAGGUAGCCUGGUAUAAAAGGAAGGUAGGUGGAACAGUGAAUAGAGCAUCAGAGCUGAGUCAAGAAGACCCAAGUUCCAAUUCUGCUUCAUGCAUUUAUUAGCUAUGUGACCCUGAGCAAGUCACUUAAUCUCUGUCUGCCUCUGUUUCCUUAUCUGUAAAAGUGCACCUUGUGAGGAUAAAAUGAGAUCAUAUUCGUAAAGUGCUUUGCAAACCUUUAAGUCUUCUAUUAAUGCUAGCUCUUAUUUUCCAUUGCAGCCUUACUAUGAGAGGUUGCUGGGUAUAGAAGCAAGAGUCCAUUAUCUAAAAUCAGAGGUGGGCAGGGCCCACAGUCACAGCUGAGUUCUGCUCCUUGUUACCUUGUUAUGGUGGGCAAUGCAUCACUGUAAACCCUUGCAUCUUCAUUUCCAGAUCUGUAAAAUUAGAGAUUUGGUCCAAAUUCGAGGAUCUAUAUAUAACCUUGCUACUUAGUCCUUGACAUGGGAACCCUUUAGAAAGAUGGACUUUGACUAUAUCAAGAAUUAAGUUCCUUGAAUGGGACUCCAGGUGAGUGGAGCUUAUGCUAAAUUCCAUUUCACAGCGAAUGGAAUGGAGAUGUCCUAGUGUAUUAUUAGCCUCAAUUAAUUUUAUUAGAAGUACAAAUUGUGAAUUUAUGUUAGCUUAAGGCCUUAGCAACUCUUUCAUGAUAGGAAAAAUACUUUUAAAUAAAGCUUUAAGAAAAAAGAAAUAUAGUAGUUUGUAUUGAAUCUUCAAUGUUAUUAAAAAUUGGUGGGCAAUUUUAUGUUAGAGAGAACUACUUUGUUCUAGUGCAUUUGUCAAGAAUAGAAAGGUAAUGGAUGGAGUGGGAGGUGUAAGAAGGUGGAUUUUGGGCUGAUUAACACAAAAUACUUAAAAAAUAGAAGGUAAGCUGAUUUUUUUUUAUCACAAUUGUAUUUUCUUGUUAGCAUUUGAAAGAACUGUAUCUUUGUUAGAGAUGCCAACCAAUUAUGGCAGUCUCCUGUAGUACUGCUUAUUAGUACUAACAACAACAAAAAGUGUCAUCUUCAUUAGUUUGAAAUUCAAAUAGCUUGGGCAAGCUAGUUGGCUCAGUGGAUAGAGAGCCCAGGCCUGGAUUCAAAUCUAGUCUCAGAUACUUCCUCCUGGGCAAGUCACUUAACCCCAACUGCCUACCCUUUCCACUCUUUUGACUCUAAGAGGGAGGUAAGGGUUUAAAAAAAUGAAAUAAAAUUUAAAUAGUAAUAUAGUACUAACUUAAUCCUUGAGGGGAAAUUUCACAUUACUAGUUUGGUAAGUGAUUAUAAGCAUUGCUUUUGGGGUCAAGAGUUGUAUUGGUAAAGAGGAUUUUUUGAUUAGCCAGUGGUCGAUAUUUAGAAUAUUUCUGGCAGCCGAAAGCAAUGAUGUUGAUAGUAUUAAUUGGAACUAUUUGAUUUGCAAUUUGAAUUUUGUAUUCAUUCACCUCUUUGACAGAAAUAGUCCCAUUCCUUGGCGUUUUAUGCAUAGUACAGGCUAGUACUCUGUGGAAAACUAAGUCAGAGAAAAUGAUGCUUCACCUUACACUUUUCAGCAACAAAAGAGAAUGUUCGUAUCUAUUUCAUUUCUGGCAUCCAAAUUGCAUAACCAUACACAUUGGCACAUGCUAGACAACUCUUUCUGAGAAAAUUAAGGUCCAUAAACAUAUUCAGUGUCAUAUUUUUAUUGUGCAGAUUUUAUUUUAAACUUGGUUAUUGAAAAAUAAAACCUAAGCUUUGGUUUUGCAAAGAUCAUGGAAAAUUUGUUCUUUUUGAGAAGUAGAUGCUUUUAUGGGAGUAGAAAGAAAUACAUACAUUCAGGGGAUUCUGAUAAAUCCCCCUUUAGAGUCCCAUUUACCACACUUCCAGAGCUAUCUCUUUUUUUGUAAAGAACGCUUUAUGGUAAGCAUUUUAUAGAUUAACAUUAGAAAAGAGUAUACAUUUACCUCAUUUUUGAAAGCUGAACUAAUGCAUUAGAAUACUAUUUCUUAUCAAUUUAGAAAGCCAUGGAGGCUUAAAUGUAACCUUUUAUCUGUAUUUGAUCAUUGACAAUCAUUAUUGACUACCUCAGCUUACAGAAUCAAGCUGAAACUAUUUCAUAAGAUUUAAUUUCAUCAGAAGAGAUUCUUAGGGCUUUCUGUUUUGUUAGACAAUUUGUGAAUGUGGAGAUAAUAAUUUAGGAUAUGUAUGUCAUCCAAAUGUCAGCACCCUGUGUUUUAUGAGUGUCAGUGACUGGCCCAUUCUGGCAAAUGAAAAUAGGAGUAAGGAAAGGAAUGGUAACUUCCAUGGCCUUUGAAAUUACCUAAAGGAGAGAGAGUCAAUGAAUAUAAUGUGCUAGUGACUCAGUUAUAAAAAUAUAUUGCCAAUUAGAAAAUGGUUAGUGCCGUACUUGGCAAUUUGUUUAAACUUUUCCAGGAGUACAGAAAUGACCAUGGUUGUGCCUUAUUGAUAAUUUUGCGGAGGUCUCCUUUCAGGAAGCAAGCAUCCCUUUCUUAGGUGGGCCAGAAAUCAUGGCAAUGGAUGUCGAUAAUCCUGGUGCUUUUAAAAUAUAUAUACUAUUGUUAAAGAUGUUGCAUUUGUGUAGGUGAUAAGUUUCUUCAAAGUAAGAAUAUGUAUUAUUAGAAAUGAUUAUAAAAUCUAUUUAAAAUCAAAUUUGGUCUGUUCAAAUAUAUUAGAACCCCUAAUUGCAUUUGCAAAUAUGUUAAAGUAUUUUAAACAAUCUUACUGUACAUUUUCCCUGAACUUUUAAAAAUUCUUCUGGUACAUGUACUAAUGGUGGUCAGUGAUGGCUCCAGAUGACUACCUUCCCAAUAUAGUUGGCAUACAAUUAUUUCAGGGAACAAAAAAAUUAUUAUUAAUGUUCUACUUUGACUAAAGAAUUUCUUUGCAAAAACAGAACAAAAAUAAUCCUACAAGUCAUGUUCUUACUUGUGUUGUUUGCUUUUUUUCACCAAAGGAAGAUUAAGUAUGGUACUGAACUUAAUGUUCCUUUUGAAAUGUUAUCCUUGUAUAAUAGCAUAGAAUUAACUACCUGAGACCCAAAAUACCAUUCUAACAAAGCCUAUCUUUGUAUCAUAUUGUAUUGUAUAUUCCCUCCUUUUAGUCCUCAGAGAGAAACUUCAGCUACAAACUAUUGCCUGAUGUUUUUAGACAUGUAUAAAUUACCAUGUAAUUUUCAUUGGUUUUAAACUUUUGACACAGAACCCCAAAUGGACAUUUUUGAUGCAUGAUCUUUCUUUGUAGUCAAAUUGUGCUCAAAUAAAAAAAAAACAAACAAGAAAAAAAAGCCCUGUUUAGCAUAUCAACUGAAAUUGGUAUAUUAGUGAUACAAAUUUGUUAUUUUAGUGAAACUAAAGUUGCAGAAAGGUAUUCUGUAACUGUGGGCUUGUAAAAUAAUUUCCUUAGCUUUCUAUAUCCCUUUAAAAUUAAAAAAUAUAUAUAUUAUCGGAGACAGCGGAGGUAGCUCAGUUGAUUGAGAGCUAAGCUUAGAGACGGGAUGUCCUGGGUUCAAAUUUGGCCUCAGAUACCUUCUAGCCAUGUGACCCUGAGCAAGUCGCUUAACCCCUAUUGCUAGUGCUUACCAUUCUUCUGUCUUGGAACCAAUACAUAGUAUUGAUUCUGAGGUGGACAGUAAAGGUUUUUAGGGGAAAAUAUUAUCAAGGAGGACUUUAAAAUACUUUAAAACUCAUUCCCAAAAGUUGAAAAAAGAUGUUGUCGUCCACCUCCCCCCACUUCUGCUCCCCCACCCCCCAGUUAUCAGAGGUAAGUUUGUAUGAUUAUAUUAAAGUUCCCUUUGUUUAUGUCAUUUGCCACCUGUUCUUUGAUCUCCUGAUUAAUAUUAACUGUAUGGUCAACAACUCUCAACUUAGUGAUUACUAAGAUGUGUUGCUGGCUGUUCAACCCCAUUGACAAUUGCUGGUGUCGGUCUAAUUGGUCAGUCAAUGAGCAUUUAUUAAUCAUUUACUAUGUGCUCUGUAUUUUGCUAAGCCCUGUAAAAGCAAAAGAUAAUCCCUGCCCUUAAGAAGCUCACAUUCCUUUGCCUUAUGUAAUCAAUACCUGAGUAACAGGCGGUAUAUGUGGCCCACAAAGUGCAUAUUCCAUUGGUGGAGAAAGGGCAGGAAUUACAAAUCUAUGCUCUUAUGUUUUAACUCCUUCACAUCACAGUUACUAUUAUGUGGUGUUUGGAAGGGAGAGACAUGAUUUCUCAAUCUUCAAUGCUAAUGGCACCAAACAUUGUAACCUCUGAUGUGUAACUUUGAUAAUAGUGUAUUUUUGUAGUUAUGCCUCUUUCAGUGACAGCUUAGAGCUGGGAUAAACAGAAACUUGCAGUAUUAUUUUAAAAGAGAAUGGAUUUGAGUUUAAAUGUUUAUUUUAGGCUUCCUGAAUAAUGCAAAACUUUCAUACUGAUUUUGCUAUGUUAUGAGAAUUUUUGUUUUAUUCUAGAUAUCUUCAAAUUAGUGGGAAAACAACCAUAAGAAGUCACCAAAUACUCAUAUUACAGGUUCAUGCUGUGUAUUGCAGUGUAGCCCUGCUUUUCCCACUGCCUAUAAAAGAUGUGAUUUGGGGCAUAAUUAUUGAUUAAAUUGUUGAUCAUUAUGCUGAAUUAUAUUCUGUAUUUAAUCCUACAAUACUCUGUAGUCCAAUAAUUUGCUAUUUUACAUUUUUAAUGACUUUGUUUUUAAGGGUGUGAUUUGUAAGCAAUUUUUAUAUGCAAUGUAGAUUUACUUUUUUUAACAAAAUAAACUUUAAAAAAAUUUGGAGGUUAAUGUACUUCAGAGGAAAAUUGUGGAACUUUUUGGCCAAUGCAAUAAAAUAUCUUUUAAAAGUAA